GAAGUUUCCGCUUCUAAUUUGUGUAACCAUUCCUUCUACACAUUCGUUUCUAUUUUGUUUCUACUUUCCUGAUUGAACCAUCUUUUUUACUCUCCUUAUACAGUUUUCAUCCUUCUUUGAUCUCACCAACUUGUUGCUUUUUUCGUGCCAUUCUAUUUUUGUAUUUGAUUAACCGAUAACAUAAUUAAAUAUGGCACCUUCAUCUACCAAAGACACAGCCCAAAUGAAUUUCUUCGACUAUAUUGCUAGCAUAACAAUUCCGCUGAAAGAGAUCAAAUCUGCCACAAACAACUUCGCUGAUAAAAAUAUUAUCGCACGAGGUAGUUAUGCGCAUGUCUACAAAGGGCAGGUCGAGCAAUCUGGAGAGUUGAUCGACAUUGUUGUAAGAAAAUGUCUGAAACCAAACGUAAGUGUUGUGGUCAAUGACUGUACGAUGUAUAAAGAUCUCAAACACGAAAAUAUCAUCUCUCUUUUUAAGGUUGAUGACACGAAGGAUCAGGCAUUGACCAUACACAAGUAUGAGGCCAACGAAAGUCUGGACAAGCAUCUUGGAGGUUCAACCCUCACUUGGAUGCAAAGACUGCAUAUUUGUGUUGGCAUUGCGCAAGCAUUACGUUACCUUCAUUUUGGUUUAAAAGGUGAUGAUUGUGUAAUUCAUGGUAACAUCAAAAGUUCAAAAAUUUUACUAGGACACAACUGGGAACCCAAGUUACAUGAUUUCAGAUGUGCUGUGAAAGUUAAAAGGUACGAACCUUACAUUACUAGUAAUUAUAAUGGCACAUCACAGUAUAAGGACCCGGCAUUCGAAGGCACCGGAGGUUUAACUCAUAAAUCAGACGUAUUCUCUUUUGGAGUUGUGUUAUUUGAAGUUUUAUUAGGAAGGAAAGCAUCCAUACCGGACAAACCUGUGUCCUCUUUAUUUAAAGCUUUGUGUGGAGGGAAGGCAUCUAUUUCAGACAAAGAUAUAUGGUAUUUUGCUAAUCUCGCCAAGCUCCAUUAUGAAGAUAAAAGUUUGGAUGCUAUGAUUGAUUCUGAUCUACGAAGGCAAAUGGACGUUGAAUCACUAAACAUAUUCUCAGAAACAGCAUAUUGUUGUUUGAAAGAGCAACGAGCAGAACGUCCAGAUAUGGAUCAGAUUGUCAACCAACUUGAGAGAGCCUUGGAACUUCAAAAGAAACAUCAAAGUCUCGUCAAUUCUCCGGCUGCAGUUGAAGAUUCAACAUCCAGUAUUAUCAAGGUGGAAGGUAUGGAUAACCUAAAAGUUCCACUAAGCGAAAUAAUAAAGGCGACCGAUAACUUCUCAGAAAAAUAUUUCAAAGGCUUAGGCGGAUACGGCACAGUGUACGUAGCUGAACUCCCGUGCUUUGAUGGCAUUGGACCUGUUGCUAUUAAACGCACCAACAAAAGAAGAGACAAGGAAACAGAAAUAAGAUUCAUGGCAGAAGUGGACAUGCUUAUAAAAGCUAAGCAUGACAACAUAGUCUCACUUCUUGGCUUUUGUGAUGAAGCUGAUGAGAUGAUUCUUAUCUGCGAGUACGCUUCAAACGGAAGCCUUGAUAAGUAUCUGGGAAAUGGUAGUACGACGAGCUUUACUUGGAGUCGGCGUUUAAAUAUAUGCCUUAAUAUCGCGCAGGGAUUACAUCACCUUCACAACGGUUUACCCGGCGAAAACACGAUAAUACAUCGUGAUAUUAAAAGUGAUAAUAUAUUAUUGGAUGAUAAGUGGGUGGCCAAGAUUGCUGACUUUGGCCUCUCAAAGUUACACAAAGGAGAUAAAAAACACAGAACCUUUGCUACCAACAAACGUGUAGGGACUAUGUUUUACGCAGAUCCAGAAUAUAUGAAAAGAGGUGGUAAGUUGAAAAAGAAAUCAGAUAUUUACUCGUUUGGAGUUGUGUUAUUUGAAAUCCUAUGCGGGAGGUUGGCAUAUGAUAAAGAUUUCAUUGGGAUGGGGGGGCUUCCAGCAAUAGCACGAAAUUGCUACAAAGAUGGAAACUUAAAGCUAUUGGUAGAUCCAAAAAUAAAGGAAGCUCGUGAAAACGUAUUUACACUAAAUGGAGGGGUGAAUCAAGUUUCUAUAGAUAAAUUUUCAAAAGUUGCAUAUAAAUGUUUGGCACAAAGUCAAGACGAUCGUCCAACAAUAGAAUACGUCAUCAAAAAACUCAAGAAAGCUUUAUACUAUCAAGAGAACUACAAGGAUAGCCUUCAUAUUUCCCUUGAUGACAUGAAGUCAGCAACAAAAAACUUCAGCAAAAUCAUUGGAGAAGGAAGACACUGGAAGCAAUAUAAAGGAGAAAUCAAACAUGGUAACAAACCUAGCACCAUUGUAGCAAAGCGGUGGGAUCGCAAUUCUCCUGAAGGUCGUUAUCAAUUUUUUACCGAGCUUAAAAUUCUUUAUGAGAACAAGCACGAAAAUAUCAUUUCUCUUGUCGGCUACUGUAAUGAAAAGGGUGAACACAUAAUCGUCUAUCAAAAUGCGCCUAAUGGAAGCUUGGAUAAGCAUUUGAUCAACGCUAGUCUUACAUGGAUUAGACGACUCAAGAUAUGCAUAGAUGUCGCAAAAGGAUUAGAGUUUCUUCAUACAAGUGUUUCAAUGAUGCAUAGGGACAUCAAAAGUUCUAGUAUUCUAUUAGAUGGUGAUUGGAAGGCUAAAAUUUCCAAUUUUGAGUUGUCCACCCCACUGUCUGACACGAAGCCAAUUGAGCAUGUCACUGAUGAUAAUGCUUAUCGUUCCCUGAGCUACGUUUCGAAAAAUGAUCAAGAACAGGGUUAUUUAACAAGAGAGUCGGAUAUAUACUCAUUAGGUGUGGUUUUAAAGGAGGUGUUGUGGGGGAGAUUGACGGAUCCCACUGACCGUGGCAGUCAUCAUGUCGUCCACAACGGACAAGAAAUUCUUGAUGGCCUAGUGUUACUAGAGGGUAUGGAGGAACAAAUUGAUCGUAAAUCGUUAGAUACAUUUGAAGAUAUUGCCGGUUUAUGCUUAGCCUAUAGGAAAUAUCGACCACGAGUAACGGAGGUGAUAACAAAACUUGAGAAGGCACUGAAUCUUCAAAUUUCAAGCAUGGCAAAGAUGUACGAGUCUCCUGAAAUGAAAAAGGAUCUGGACGACGUAUUCUCCAAAGGAAUUCUCCUUAAAGACGACAAAAUGAUUUCAAGCAUGACAAAGAUGUACGAGUCUGCCGAAAUGAAGAAGGAUCUCGACGACAUAUUCUCCAAAGGAAUUCUCCUUAAAGACAACAAAGUGUGGCUUUCACUUGGCAGUAAUGGAGAAAGAAACGAAUUGAUUUCCGCAAGAAACUUUUCAUACAAAAACUGCAGCUCACUUAAGUGGCGAUCUAGUCAGGAUUCAAGGUUUCCAAGAGUAGCAGAGAUUAUUGAUGUUUCAAAUUUGAAGAUUCAAAUCAAGAUAAAAACUCAGUUUCUACCUCCAAGUGGUAAUCAAAAGGUUCAUCUCAUCUUUAGAUUUUGGGGUCCAAGAAAAUCUCAAGCUAAACGGAUGUAUGUAAAUCUGAAGUACAAAAUGGGGAAUGAAACCUUACAUACAUAUUUUGCAACAUGGAGAGAAGAUGGGUGGAUGAUGAUUGAAUUGUUUCGAUCUUUGAAUCAUAAGGAAGAUACUCAUUUUGAGGUUCAAUUGGAAAGCAUGUCACGCGGUUAUUGUGGAAAUAGUUCCAUAUACAUUGAAGGCAUUGAAUUUCAAGCCGUUGAAAAUGUGAGUCAUGAAGAUAGCAAGAGGUUAAAGGAAGUCCCAAAUGUCUUGAUAGAAAACUCCAAUAUGGAUAAGGAAGAGAAAGAAGAGAUGAUGCUUUCUGCAAAAAAGGUUGUCCGCACCAAUUCUUAUUCAAUGGGCCGAUACCUUGGCAGGGAAAAGCUAGGCGAACAUAUGUACGGAGCGCGUAUGUAUAAAUCACACCAAAUACAUCAAGAUUCAAUCAAAUUUAGUGGGGCGAUUGAGUUUAAACGACACCAACUAUUUCGUAUAAGGUACAAGAUUCAGAGACAAAUAUUGUCAGCAGAUACGAAAAAUGCGUGUUACCUUGUGUUCAAGCUUUCAGAAAAGUGUCGCGGGUUGCAUGCUCCGGUGCUAGUACGGGAUUUUUCCCACACAAAAAAGAGAGAAAUUCUUUAUUUUAGAUCCCCACACCCAACGAGUUUACAUGAUGGUGAUUGGAUUCCAAAAAAGAGGAACGAUGGAUGGAUGGAGGUUAUCAUCUGGAUAUUUAAGUCGAGUAACGAGAUUAAACAUGAUCAUCUUUUUGUUGAUUUGAAAUUGACAACUUAUGAAGGAACUAUGUCAGGACUUAUUGUACGUGGCAUUGAGUUUCGUCCAAUCUAAGUACAUUCGAGACCGAUAAGAUUGGAAGUAGCUGUGUUUUAGUAGCCAUUUAAGUGCUUUGAAUAAGUCUAAAUAAGUUCUUGGUCGGAUGUUGCUGAAUUGAUCAUAGUUGGUUUCAUUUGUUUUGUUUCUGUUGUAAGUUAUAUAUUUAAUCCUUUUUGACGUUUAAGUACGUUCAGUAAAAUAAAAGCAGCGUUCUGCCACAUUAUAAUUCAGUU